AUGUGGACAUCGGUCACCAUAUGGAGGCAGUGCUUGCGCCCACGCCCGGCCAGGCACACUUUCUGUGUUGUCCGAGGUUUGGCCAUUCGUGCUGCAAGCAGUUCUGGUUCGCAGCGCGUUGCAAAGAGUCUUCGGGCAGAGUAUGAGCUGGUCUUGUACGAGUGGCAGAGGCCACGAAGCUGGAUGGAGCGAACUUUGUCCAUGGGAGGCAGCGACGCACCAAAGGUGUACUAUCUUCGUGCCGUCUCACGAGAUUGGACCACGACAGAGCCACUGGAGACUGGCACGAGCGACGCAAAUGCGGUGCUGCAUUUGCCGCGGCCGUUAGACACAAGCGCCUAUGCUCAUGGCAGUUUCAAACUGAUGCCUGGUGUGCUGGCCGACUUCCAGUUGCCCCAACAUGGAGAGGUCAUGGUGACAUGGAAAGCUGCCAUGUUCAACGCAACAGAGUUUAGGGGCGUGCUGCUCGGCUGGGAUGACCAGGACUACUUCGUGCGGCCAUUGCACACGACUGAGAUUCAGACAUAUGACACGUCUCGUCGAGCAUGUGAUUCGUAUGACGUGUCCGAGGCAGUGCGAGUGCCCCGUGCGUACCUCUUGAACGUUGGCCAGCCUGAGGUCCAGGUGUUUCCUGUGCUGCCCUUUGGUGUCUACGCCGCGUUGGUUGUGCCCACAGGCUAUUCACAAAUUCAGGUGUACCUAGAUGAUGUGGAAAUCGGACCAGAACAGCAGGCUGCGUUGCUACCGAGCUGUUUGUUCUCAGAGAAGCCUGAUUCUUCAGUUGGACCGAUGUCCUCUCAGGCAGGGCUCGUCUUGUCACGCGUCAGCUUGCUGGUUGACGGUGUCAGGGUAUCCGUGUUGGUUCCUCUUUGUCAUCUCAAGUAG